AUGAAUCGGAACGUCAUCCCACAUUGGGCCAACGGCGGUCAUGAUCUAGGUGAAUUGAACGAAAGUAAGCCGCUGGACCUCCUUCACAGUUCCGCAUCCGACGUUGUCCUAUCUGGUCAUUCAUGCCUUAUGACACCUACGAUUCAAGAUAGAACAGAAGAAGAUCAUGGAACAUGUCAUACUCUCUCUACACCGGAUGGAACGCACUUGACAUAUGAUACAUACUCACAUUUACUCUCGGUCUUACUGGCUCAAGAUGAUAUUCCGACUCUCAUCAAUUUACAACUAUGUUCGAAAUCGCAUUACACCGUCAUAACACCCUACCUGUACCGGCAUCUCACACUCGACGAGAAGUGUAUAGACGAGCUAUUAGGUCAAGCAUCAAGGUGGAAUGAAGGAGAGGGAUAUCAAUUGUUCAGGUCUGUCCGAUUCGGCUCCACCCUCAUUCCCCAUGAUGAUAUCAAAGAUAUCUUGGAUCUGAGUGCAGGCACAGAUACUUUCGAUAUAGAUGAAUUUUAUGGAUUACCCACCUCACUGCAACCGCUAGUAACCCUCUUGGGACACUAUCGAAACUUUACUGGUCAAUAUCUUUUCCCCUCACUACAAAGUAUCGCUUGUGUAGGGACGCCAGAUAGCCCUCUAGAAUUAGGUGAGAUAUGGACACUCUUAUCAAAGCUAUCUGCACCUACAAUUGUAUGUUUCAAGCAUACCGAACCGUUUUUAUACAGUAAUACGACAUUUGCAUCUCUCGAUUCUUUCACCGGUCCUGUGGAGAAUAUAUCGGUUCAUUCGGCGAUGCCAAAUUGGAUACCUCGCUCGUACUCCCAUCCUAAUUGCCGAAUCAAUAUAUCCUACGCUGAAUCAUCAUGUGAAGAAAGAUGCGAUAGGAAAAAGUACCAUCCUGGUAAAUCGUGUAAAGAGAGGAACAAAGAGGAGAUCGCAAAGUGGUUAGUAGCUGGACCUAAAUCAAAUGAGGAAAGAUGGAAAGGAAAUUGGUCAGUGCAUACAGGGUAUUCUCAUACGUUGCAGGAUUUACAUGAUAUCAAGCGGAUUUGUAUAGAGCAGAUAGAAGGAUUGGAAGCUGGGGGUGAAACUUUCAGAGGGAAAGGUUGGACCGGGACUAGUAUAUUGAAUGCUAGAUUAUUUGUUCAAGGAAUAAGAUGGGUUCAAGAGGCAGAGGCAUGCCGAUGUUGUAAUGAAUUCAUAUAA